AUGUGUGCAGCCUGUGGUGAAAACAAUCGAGUUGACGAGUUGGAUGAUAACAGUCGGUGCGGACAUUGCGGUUAUGAUAUGGCCCCUUUGUCUUUAUCCAUCAAAAAAGUUCAGGAAAUUUUGCAAAUGCGUGCUCAGGAAAGUCAGGAAUGUCAGGAGGCCUUCGACAGCAUAAGCGCGCGGGAUGCGGAGGAGCAGUUCGGUGACGCAUUGAGUGGACAUGAGGUGUUGCCUGUGGAGCUAAAGUCAUCUGAGUAUUCGGCAAGUGCUCUAAACGUGAAAGAAUUGCCCCAGGAAGAAAUCAAACCCUUCACACCGAGGCCGCGAGAGACGGCCCGUUCCCUCCUCUUUCGAAAGUCCAACCCAUCAGCGCAUGUUUCCGACGGUCGCAUCCCGCCAGGGCCCCCUGGGUUUGACUGGAUGUGCCGCGUGCAGACUUGUGGUCACGCAAACCCCGGUGACGAAGAAAAUUGCAUGAAAUGCGGCCAACACAUUACUCCGUCUGAGUGGGAAUGUCAGCAGUGUGCAGCCUUGAAUCAUCUUUCGCGGCCCCGUUGCUUCAACUGCCACAGACUCAUCCCUAUGCACUGGACUUGUGGGCAGUGUCAGACUCUUACGAGCAUCUACGACAAGGUUUGCCGGGAGUGUGGGUCCGAGAGGGCACCAGUGCAACCACGCAACCCAAGUGAUAUCCAAGAAGACAUGGCUAGUGGCCGCCAUAAUAAAAGGGGAUCCAGUGGCGUCAAACGGGACGAUUGGUAUUGUGAUAAGUGUGGUUGUAUGAAUUUUGCGCGGCGUAGUGAGUGCUUCCAGUGCAAGGCGGCGCGCCCGAAUUUUGAGGGUGGUACUUCCGAAAUGGAUCCGUCCGCAUCUGGCAGCGCUAGAUCGGAUAUCAACACAAACCAUCAGAACUGGUCUUGCCCAGGGUGUCAUACGGCCAAUUUCAGAACUCGUACCGCCUGUUGGAAAUGCGGUGGCCAGGCACCAUCCGUGACUGCCUGGGCGGCAGAACCGCGCACGCCACAUUUCCAGCAGGAAGGGUUUCAGAAAGAUGAGGUCGAUACUCGACCCGCCGAGGGUGCUAUGAAUGUCUGGAAAAAAACAGACGAUUGGACUUGUGCUAAGUGCUUCACAAAGAACUUCCGGUCUAAAGGUGAGUGUUUCAAAUGUGGCUCACCAAAAGCGGUGGCGGUUGCACCGCGUCGUGCCUCUGUCCGAAAGCCGGUUAAGCUAUAA